AUGUGCUCUAAUUUGGUCGACUUGUUUGGCUGCAUCAAGCCGCAGGCAGAGGCAGAGUCGGAGACAAUGCCCGAGACACUGGACAGCAUGGGGAAUAGCCAUCGACGCAGCAUGCAGGUGGAUGACAUGGUGGGUUACGAUCUCGCCGAGCAGAUGGACCAGGAGAUGUUGCGGGAGGAGCAGCAGCAGCAGCAGCAGCGUCUCAGCUUUGGCAGCCUCUCCAAGCGACUGCUGCGUGCCCCAAGGCCCAAUCUGCCGCCUUCGAAGCAUCUGCCCGCAGCCACCUGCAUCCGUCCGCCGGCGCGGGAGAAGCGCAACUCCUUCGAGACCCUGGAGCGGUACGAACAGGUCUUUAGCGCUCCCACCGGAUCUGAGCGCUACAUUCCCGAUCAGUUUUAGGUGGACACGGAGACUCUGGGGCACGGAUUAAAGGCUGGCCAAACGGUAGCCUGUAA